AUAUAUACAUAUAUUAUAACUAAAAGAGUAAUAGUUAAUGAGAAAGUUCAUUGACGACUUUGUCUUAUUGGUUCAUGCCAAAUUAGGAUAUACCAUCUUUACAAAUGAUUUUGGUUCACACAACUUAAUAGUAACUCAACUAACAAAAGAUUGAGCCAUUCUUAGCUUGAGGGUUCAAUUUUUGUUAUCUUAUUACAAUAAUUUAGACCCAAAUUGUAAAGAAAGAUGGAAAAUGAAGGGUAUGUACCUUUGUUUGAAACGAGGCAAGCUAAGGGAAGGUUCAUGUAUAGGGCAUUUUCAGGGUCAAUUUUAAUGGCUAUAUGUAUGAUAUUGGUUUAUAGAGCAACUCAUAUACCCCAAAAGAAUGACCAAGGAAGAUGGGCUUGGAUUGGAUUAUUUGGUGCUGAAAUUUGGUUUAGUUUUUAUUGGAUUCUUACUCAACUUCUUCGUUGGAAUAUUAUUUAUCGUCAUACUUACAAAAAUCGGCUUUCAAAUAGGUAUGAGGCUGAGUUACCUAAGGUGGACAUUUUUGUAUGUACGGCUGAUCCAGUGAGAGAGCCACCAAUAAUGGUGAUCAACACGGUUUUAUCGGUCAUGGCCUACGACUACCCACCGGAAAAGCUCAGCAUUUAUUUAUCCGACGAUGGUUGCUCAAUUAUAACAUUUUAUUCUCUCUUUGAGGCCUUCCAUUUCUCUAAACAUUGGUUGCCUUAUUGUAGAAAAUAUAAUGUUGAGCCUCGGUCACCCGCUGCUUAUUUUAGCUCCAUGCAUAAGCCUAUAGAUGCUAAUCACUAUCAUUCUAGUGAUUUUGCAUUUAUUAAGGAAAGGUUUGAAGAAAUGCAACAUCGGAUUGUGACAUCAACUAAACUUGGUCGAAUUCCGGGGGAAGUACAUGAUCAACAUAAAGGGUUUUCUGAAUGGAAAAGUUCAUACACUUCUAAAGAUGAUCAUGACACUAUCCUUCAGAUAUUAAUUGAUGGAAGAGAUUCAAAGGCAAAAGAUGUUGAGGGGUGUAUUUUACCUUCUCUUGUUUACUUAGCCCGAGAGAAGAGACCUCAACAAUUUCAUAACUUCAAAGCUGGAGCUAUGAAUGCAUUGAUUAGGGUGUCAUCAAAAAUUAGCAAUGGACCGAUAAUCCUGAACGUGGAUUGUGAUAUGUACUCAAACAAUCCACAAUCAAUUCGAGAUGCACUUUGUUGCUUCAUGGAUGAGAAGAAGAGUCAAGACAUUGCUUUUGUACAAUUUCCUCAAGCUUUCGAAAACGUUACCAAGAAUGAUAUAUAUGGUGCCUCUCUUAGAGUGAUCUCUGAUGUGGAGUCACCUGGCUUGGAUGCCCUAGGAGGUACGUGCUAUAUCGGAACCGGUUGUUUCCACCAAAGAGAGAUCUUGUGUGGGAAGAAGUAUAGUUUAGACUAUAAGGCUAAUUGGAAGAUGCAAGAUAAUAAUGUAGCAAAGGAGCAAGAAAAUGUGGAAGAAUUGGAAGAGAAAGCCAAUGUUCUUGCUAGUUGCACUUAUGAAAUGAACUCUCAAUGGGGAAAAGAGAUGGGUUUAAGAUAUGGUUGCGCCGUUGAAGAUAUACUAACAGGAUUGUCAAUCCAUAGUCGAGGUUGGAAAUCAGUGUUCUUGAACCCGAAAAGGAAAGCUUUCAUAGGAAUGGCACCAACUACAUUAAUCGAUACAUUAGUCCAACACAAUAGAUGGUCAGAAGGUUGGCUUCAAAUCAUGCUAUAUAAUUGUCCUUUGAUUUAUGGACAUCCAAGAAUGAACUUGGGUCAUCGAUUGGGUUAUUGUCACUUCUGCCUUUGGGCUUGCAAUUGCUGGUCAACCCUCUAUUAUUGUGUUAUUCCUUCUCUUUAUAUGCUCAAAGAAAUUUCCUUAUUUCCAAAGAUCACAAGCACAUGGUUUCUCUUCUUUGCUUAUGUUAUAAUUGCCAAGUACUCCUAUAGCUUAGGAGAAUUUAUAUCUAAUGGUGGCACGGCCUUAGGCUGGUGGAAUGAACAAAGGAUGUGGCUCUACAAGCGAACAUCGGCCUACCUCCUCGCCUCCAUCGAUACUCUUCUAAAGCUAUGUGGAAUAUCAAACAUGAAGUUUGUGAUUACAUCCAAAGUAGUUGAUGAAGAUGUGUCCCAAAGAUAUGAAAAGGAGAUAAUGGAAUUUGGAGUUGCUUCUCCCAUGUUUGUUAUCUUGGAAACCCUAGCAUUGAUGAAUUUGUUUACCCUUAUCUUUACUUUGAAGAUGGGAUAUGGAAUCAUUAAUAAGUUGGGCUUGCAAAUUUUACUGUGUGUAGUUUUGGUUCUUGUUAAUCUACCAUUGUACAAAGGUAUCUUGAUUAGGAAGGAUAAGGGUAAGGUACCCACCUCUGUUACCAUAAAAUCAAUUUUUAUUACACUUUUAGUUGUACUUAUUAUCAACUUGCAACCGGCAAUUGGCCUUAGGUUUGUAAUUGAUAGAGCAGAGUGUUUUUCCCAUAAUGUUCAGUUUGAAUGGGAUACAGUCCAUGUCUCAUUUGUUGUGAUUAAGUCCGAAUCUCCUUGGCGCUCAGACGAUGGUGUUGAUCUAGUGGUGAAGGGACCUGAAGGCGAUCAGAUCCAUGACACCCAUGAUAAGAUCAGUGAAAAAUUCGACUUUACUGCUCAUAAAAAAGGACCUUUCAGUUUCUGCUUCACCAAUAAGUCACCUUAUCAUGAAACCAUUGAUUUCGAUGUACAAGUCGGACAUUUUACAUACUAUGACCAGCAUGCAAAGGAUGAGCAUGUGAAACCCUUGGUAGAGCAGAUUGAAAAGCUCGGUCAAUCUCUUUACAACAUUCAGUUUGAACAGCAUUGGCUAGAGGCACAGACUGAUCGACAAGCACUAGUGAAUGAAGCUAUGAGCAAGAGAGCAAUCCAUAAAGCCGUUAUGGAAUCAUUUGCUCUAGUUGGUGCAAGCGUGUUGCAGAUAUACUUAUUGCAGCGAUUAUUUGAAAGGAAGCUUGGGACUUCAAGAGUCUAAAAUAUUCAUCACAUUAGUGAUUUGUUAACAUCUCAUAAUCUUUGUGUUUCACUGUUUUGGGAAAUAGCUUAGUUUUGCUUUAGGAUCUUUCUAUUGUGUUAUUUUUAAGAGAGGAUAUCAAUGGAUUUUCCUUUUUUUUUUUUUGUGUGUGUAACAAAGAAUCUUUGAAGUAUAGGUUUUUAAUUGGGUGAAUCAAAGAAAUUAUUAAAUUUGGUAUAUUAUAUACUCCCUCCACCCACAAUUAUCUA